GAGAAGGUCAGUUUUCUAACCUAUCGAAUAUUCAGGAACUUGACCUAUCGGGUAUCAAGUGUUUCUGGGUGACAGGUUUUAUAAAGCCUGGUGUGUUUGCUGGACUGGGGCGUGUAACGUUGGGGACACUGAGCCUCACAAACAACAGGCUUCGUCAGGUCCCGACAGACGCCAUAGAGAAGGUCGGGAAUAUUACCGUCCUGAAUCUCUCUGGAAACAACAUCUCGGCUGUAGGUCUGAAGGACUUUGGUCAUCACACGUACUUCUUCACACUAGACCUGAGUGACAACAAACUGACGUCAUUACCGGAGGAGGCUCUGAUGACCCUGGACAUCUUCAUGUUGGAACUGUCCGGAAAUCCACUAGUCUACAUCGGGCCGGACGCAUUCAAACAGGGACUCUUCCACGUUGGUCUUGAAAAUACCAAGCUCCGCAUAAUAGAUGAGUCUGCGUUCAAUAGCUCUCAAGGCAUCAAAUCCCUCACCCUGAACAACAACAGUCUGCACUUCCUCCCUGAGCUCAUCUUCGCCCCCCUGACGUUCUAUGGCGACCCCCAGGAAACCCUCCUGCUGGACGACAACCCCUGGAGGUGCGACUGUCAGAUGCGUGACUACGCCAAAUGGCUGCAUUCGUCUGCUUCGGGGAUGAACAUCAGGAUACUUCAUUGUGACAUGCCACAAAGUCUACACGGAAAAGCCCUGAGGGACGUGCCUGUGGGCCAGCUGACAUGUGACUGUCCCCAUCUCACUUCUCCUAACAUCAGCACCACGGGCAGCACCACUGUCGUCAAGACAGGCCAGAGGGCCGUGCUGAAAUGCAGCGUCACGUGUUGCCCUGCUGCAGCUGUGGUCUGGACUACUCCGACAGGGAUGAAGCUAGGCGUGGACUCUGACGUCCCAGGUAUCUCCGUUGCUGACGAUGGGACGUUGGUCAUAGCGACAGCGACGUCAGGAACGUCAGGGACGUAUACUUGUCUGGCCGUCAACUACAUAGGGAAGGACCAGGCUACUGUACAUUUGACUGUCACUGGCAAUGCUAAGUAAAUUCAACGGGCGUCUGGGUUAUUGAUUUCUUUGUGGUGCAAGUUGUAGUCAAGCAUGAAGUUUUAAGUUAACUGGAGGGGGGUCGCCAAUACCGUUGCCAUACCAAAUCUACUUACGCUAAAAAGAAACAAAGAUCGCGUAACCUGCGGAAAUAGUGUUGCCAUACCAAAUAUCUCACUUAGUCACAUCACCAUCAGUUGACAGCUUUAAGUUGGGGCUGGCCCAGCACAUGGGCCUCCCCAGCUCCCAGCUAUAAUCAGGAAUCACUUUGCGGCCAUGUAUAUAGUCACUGCACAAAUUUAUUUUUCUGCUUGUUCGUUAUGUUGAUUUUUUUGUUUUAUGAGCACCAGCACCCCACCAGGCCGCAUAUGCCGUGCAACUGAACGCGAGGCCCCAUGAGGGUGUUGUUCAGAAACUCAUAGAUGUAGAUGUAUCUACUUACGCUAGAAGUAACAAAGACCGCGUAGCCUGCGACUGUACCUGUGAUUUUCAACAUUGUUUUCAUGUUUAUUGAAUUAAGGACGUCACACUGAGACGGAAUAAAGAUAUAUGUUACGAUUGCGAUAUUGUGACAUUUAUCGUCGUUUGUGAUCGUUUGUAGUCUGGCGAAAUUAA